AUCUAUGAAUAAUAAGAUGUUAUUUCGAGAAAUUAAGAAUCAUAUCAGUAUAAUAUCUUACCAUUUAUUUGGCGAUUAAAUUCUGUGUUUAACAUUAUCGAGAUAAUGAAGUGUUUGAGUUUUGUAAACGUACUGCUAAGAGUUAUUUACUUUGCAUUGCGCCGGCUCUAAAUCGAUCAAACAUCAUGUAUGCAUACAUGUAUGUACAUGCUAACGUUGAAUAUAAACGUGAAAUACACGCCUUACAAAUAUUUUUCUUUUUAAUCCAUUAAAAAGAUAACGUUAAUGAGCUGACAUUUCAUUCGCAAUUCUUUUUUUACUUAAUGUACAUUAACGAAUUCCGAGUGAGAAGGAAUUUUUAACAUUUGUAUAAUAUCGUUUCUUUAAUUAUUUAAUUUUACUCUAGAAUUUUAUGAACGGAUUUUGUAGAAUCUGAAGUACAAUACAUACUUCUCAAUAAAUAAUAUUGUAUUGCAACAAUAGUAAAUAGUAUUGCAACAAUCUUUCCUUAAUUAUAUAGAAAUGUUGUAUGAUUUGAAAUACGUAAAUGGCAUUUCCGUCUGAGUAAAAAUCAACAUUAAUAGCGUUAAACAAAUCCGAACUUUGAUAGUUGCGAUGUUAAUGAGAAUAAUAAAGAAAGAAAGAAUAAUAUUAUAAUCCUGAGCUCACAAACGUGCAUUUAGAAAUAAAUAAGUAACCUCGGUAUAGCGCGUUACAGCGGAUGCUGUUUAGCUAUUCAACUGACAACUUUAUUUUUCCUCUCUGACUUGCAUUCCAUUUUAAAGUACCGGAAAGACAGGAGUCCAACGACACUGUCCCUCCAAUUCGACAAGUCGAGAGAACCCGUGAGCCGUAGACAUCGAAACGCGUUCGAGGCACCUCCAGUACACGCACACUUUCUCUUCGAGACAGGAACACGUGCCAAGGUGGCUGGAGAGCGGUAUAGUAAGCCGUUCGAACACUCGAAGUCUACUUUCUAAAGACGGCGGCCAGAACAAGUCGGAACCGCGUCCAUUGCAGUGACUGCGUGCCCUGUCGUUCUCUUCUCGAGGCUUCGUCGCCUGGCUUGCGAUCGAGCUUUCGUUUUUCCAUGAAUCUUAGUGGCGACGGAACUAAAAUCGAAUCGUUCAGGAACAAGACCUGAGGCAUUUCCAGCAAUCCAAGGAAGAUGAAGUGAUGGCAGAUGUUACGAGGAGGUGGAUAGCGCCUGUUCUUGUCACAGUUUUAACAUGUGUACUGUUCCCUGUCUGUGGUCUCGACGAGUCAGAUCACGAAGAAUACAGAGGGAAAUACCUUGGGAAGUUGAACGCGUAUCAUCAUCAAGUAGCUGGUGACGUUUACGUCGUUGACGAGUACACGUUGUUGCUAACUUCCUUUAGCUACGAUGGCAAUGGAGCUGAUACCUUUUUCUGGGCUGGUGCGUCGAAUCGACCUGGUCCACAAGGCUUCAUCGUACCGGAUGAAUGGGGCAAAACGAAUGUCCUCGAUCGGUACUUGAAUAAGGAUUUCACUCUUACUUUACCGGAUAAUAAAAGAAUAACGGAUAUCAAAUGGUUCGCUGUGUACGAUUUGAGCAGCCAGAAUACGUUUGGCGACGUGUACAUUCCCGACGAAUUCGAUCCACCAGUACCGCAAAAGAUUUCUCAAUUAACAAAACGAUCGCACGGAGUAUCUUCAGGGUCCAUCGUAAUUCUGGAUUCGAAAACCAUAAAAAUACCAGAAUUUACAUACGAUGGCCAGGGAACAGACACGUAUUUUUGGGUUGGACUUGGUCCACAGCCCAACAGCAAAGGGACGAAGGUACCCGACGAGUAUGGCUACCUGGAAUCAAUUCGCGCCUACAAGGAAGAAGAUAUAACGAUUCAAUUACCUGGAGACAUGACAGUUUUCAAUAUCGAUUGGUUAAGUAUCUUCGACGUGAAAACUAAAACCAGCUACGGCUCUGUCAUAGUUCCGGAUGGAUUAAACGUACCUCCUUCGUUAGUAAAAGUGAUCAAGCACACGCAGACUCUACCGAAUUGCAUUCAACUCCACAAACGAUUUCAAAUCGGUUGGGAAAUUUUUGGUCCACAGAUCACCAUCCAAUUAGCAGGACAAGUUAGUGAAGAUGAAUAUAUGGCGUUCGGUCUGUCUGGUUCCGAAACUUCUAGCCAAAUGGAAGGCGCGGAUGCUGUGAUUGCUUAUGUGGACGGUACUCGAGGCUACGCUGUGGAUUAUAACAUCACAGCGAAAGCACCAUGUGGAAAAGUUCUUGGCCAAUACAGGGGAGUUUGCAGGGAUGAACUAUUCGGGGGUUUAGAUAACAACCAGAUGUACACUGCUGUUAGAGAAGAUGGAAUUAGUAUCGUUACAUAUAGACGUACUCUCAACUCAUCUGAUCCAGGAGAUAAAGAGUAUCCAACGAAUAGACCAGUUUACGUGAUAUGGGCUUUGGGAAGAUUGGAUGAAAAUAAAGAGCCGACUUUCCACGAUGUAUAUCCUAAGAGCGAUCUGAAGUUAGAACUAGUUCCUGAAGAACCGGAGAACACGUGCAUGGAUUUUACGGAAACCAAUGAGAAACUAAUAGAACCUUGGGAGAAGACAGAAAUAUUUGAUAGAAGUAUUCGGUCGUUUAGAGCUACUAUCGGCCCGUCUGGAGGCAAAAAGGGCUAUCAAGGAAUUACAGGACAAACGUCUACAGGUUUGGCAUGGUACAUCGAGGGUCAGUUGGUACCCAAACUAUAUCUGCGUCGGGGAUUGACGUACAAUUUCCGUGUUCACGGCGGAAAUAAUCCUCACAGUCCGAAUUUGUACCACCCAUUGAUUAUAACUAAUGAACCGCAUGGUGGAUAUGAUAAACUCAGUGAUGCGGCGCAAAGUAAAAUCAGAGUUUUGGCGGGUGUUGAGUUCACCAGAAGAGGACAACCGAGACCAACCGCAGUUGGACCACUUUGCUUAAGCAAACACGGUGCCCGAGACAGAAGACUAGAUGAUGAUUUUAUGACGUUUAAACAAUUUAAUAGAACAUUAGUGAGUACGUGUGAACCAGGCGAAGGUGGAGUGCUAGAAAUUACACCGAACUCUACCUGGCCAGAUAUCGUUUAUUACAACUCAUUUACCCAUGCAAAUAUGGGCUGGAAGAUAUACAUACUGGAUGCUUAUUCGAAAAGCAUCGCUGUUACUCAACGAUUAUCGUUACUUGCAGGAAUAACGGCUGUGUUUUUUCGUUUGUUAUAAAUAUAGAUAUAGGUUACUAAGAUUAGUCGUACCUUUUUAUUAUACAAGCGUAAAUUGACUGAUUUUAGUAAAUAGAACGAAGAACUUCAUCUUUCAUCACACGUGCAGGCGUAAUGUUUCGUUCCUAAGCCAGAAAUGAAUCAAAAUCGCAGAGACAUCAAUGCAUUCGAAUGUGCGAAUUUAUUAUAAUUUUUUUUAUUAAUAAAUACCAUUUUAUUCAUACCAUUUUAGUCAUACGAUGAAUUUCCAAUGUUAAUAUUUAAUGAUAAUAAAUAUAUUAUAUGCGAA